CAUUAAUAUAGUUCGUGUUGUUCGUGUGGCGGAUAAAUCGUUUUUAAUAAAGCUGCUUUUAAAAGGACUCUGUUUAUUAAGAUAUAAAAUGCCACCAUUCUCAUCAACGAGUGUGCGUGACGUCAGUGAACUGCCGAAAGAUGGCGACGAGGAAGAAGAGUUCGAAAAGCUGAUAGCCCCUCAAGCAGCACCACGAAAAUAUGACAUCGUGUAUCGUAACUUAUUAACCUUCGGUUACGGGCACCUAUCAGCUUUGUACGGAUUAUACCUCGCUUGCACCGUCGCUACGUGGAGCACGCUUAUAUUUCACUAUACAAUAUUCGUGUUAGCAUCUAUCGGUGUGACGGCGGGCGCGCAUCGGCUCUGGACCCACAGGGCGUACAAGGCGAAGAUGCCCUUGCAAGUUCUUCUGAUGAUCAUGAAUACAUUCGCAUUCCAGAACACGGUGAUGGAUUGGGUGCGUGACCACCGGAUGCAUCACAGGUAUAGCGAUACGGACGCUGAUCCCCACAACGCCACUCGCGGAUUUUUCUACUCGCAUAUGGGCUGGCUUCUAGUGAGGAAGCACUCAGAGGUCAAGAGGCGCGGUAAAUCAAUAGACAUGUCGGAUAUAUACGCGAAUCCUGUACUCCGAUUUCAGAGGAAAUACGCCAUACCAUUCAUAGGAUCAGUCUGCUUUUUACUACCAACCAUCAUACCAAUGUACUUCUUCGGAGAAACAUUGACAACCGCAUGGCACCUAACAUUAUUGCGGUACCUGACGAACCUACACGCGACAUUCCUAGUCAACAGCGCCGCACAUCUAUGGGGCAACAAACCGUACGACAGCAACAUAAAACCGGUUCAAAAUCUGGCCGUUUCGAUCGUGGCAUUCGGCGAGGGUUUCCAUAACUAUCACCACGUGUUCCCGUGGGAUUACAAGACGGCCGAGCUCGGUAAUAACGCUUUGAAUUUGACGACGUUUUUUAUCGAUUUCUUCGCGUGGCUGGGCUGGGCUUACGAUCUCAAACAGGCUUCGGAUGAUAUAAUAAAGUCAAGGUCGAUGAGGACCGGAGACGGCAGCAAUGCGUGGGGUAUUAAAUGAUGGCGUGGCCGACAGCGCUCGCUAGAUACACCUAUCGGGUAGCGAGGACAUGGUCAUGACCUCAGCUAGUCCUAAGCUUCUCGUAACGGCUGUUGUUAAUAGUUCGAUUAAAGAAGUAAGAAACUGAUUUUUAUGCAGCUCUGAAAAGAGCUUUUUUUAUACGUCCGAAUUAAGAUCGUGAGUUGUACGUAAUUGGCACAGACGUUUUGCAGCAAUUUUUUAUUAAUUUGGUUAUAAGAUCAUUCCUACCCAGACACAUUAACAUAUUGAAAUACACUUGAUAAAAUUCGACAUAUCGCGGGACACAAGCUACGAAACGACCACUCGGAUAUUUACCUGCGAAACUGAGUGACGUCACGUGUCACGUGCCGACACCCGGCCCGCCGGGUCUUUGAAGAAGCUGAAGCCUUUGUCGGUGUUUUAUAAUUUAUUUUUCUGUCUUAAGUUUCUUACAAGCUGUGUGGUUAAUGUUACCGUUUAUUUUUUAGUAGGUGGUGGAAACUUAAUUGUGUUAUGAAAUAAAAAUGUUUUACUUAUAA